AUGACACCAGUUCUAAAAUUACAGCCGCAGCCCAAGUUAAUUACAUGCGCAUUUUGUUCUCGAAAAGCAAUCGGUUCUGCGCAAGCGGCCAGCGCGCAGCUGCGCGGGCGCAACUCGACGGACGGCCGUGCGCGUACGUGCGACAGUCGCGUGCCAGCGACGCACGAGCGGAGCCGAGUGGCGGCGGGCUUUGCCGACACAAACGCUACUCUAGCGCAGACCAUUGUAUAG